AGGCAACAUUUGUCUGAUGAAUUGCCAAUGAGAUGGAUGUUGGUGAAGCGAUGGGAAUACUUAGUGUUCGUGCUCGAACAACAUUUCUACACUGCAUGGAAGUUGCCUUACGAUUACCAGGCCUUUUACUAUUCGAACUUUGGUGGCGUAAUCGGGAGAUACACUUCAAUCCUGAUUUAUUCAAGCAAUCAUUUUCAUCAUAUCUGGAAGUGGAUCAAAUUAUUGAAUUUAUUCAAACGAGAAAUUUUGAUCAAACUGGGGCACAAAUACUGAGUUACACGGUCGUGCUUAUAUCACUUAUGUUUCUUCUUCUUCCUCUCUACAAGCUUGUGCAAGUUUAUUUUCACAUAUCUUCAUUAUUGCUGUUUUCUGUGGCGCAUUAUCUAUCAGCUCGAUAUGUUCAACUGGAACAGAAUGGUGAUCCUGAUUUAAAGUUGGAUGAUUUCGCAAAAUUAGAACGACACGGAUUUCAUAUUUUGGCCCAGUUGGUACUCUGUGUAGUGCAGAGUUGCCUCCUAAACUUGGAAAAUGAUAUUGCACGAGUUACGCUUGCAGUUUUUUUGAUACCAAUAAUUGCUCGAAUGUGUGCAGUACCUAUCGAUCGCUUAAUCAUUGCUCACAAUGUGGCUUGCUCUCUGGCAAUAUUGGUAAUUUGCAUAUAUGUUUUAAACAAAACCCCAGCUUUGUUACUGUCUAUACGUCAAUCUGUGCGCUAUCUUAAAGUUAUCAUAAUUCUUCGAGGUUUUGGAGGAGGUGCUGCCAUUUUGUGGUAUCGUUUACGGUUCGCAGAAAUAUUAAUCUUGGCUUGGUUAACAAUGUUUUUUGCCCGGGUUUAUGUACAUUUAGCUGGAAAAGGAAGAGAUUUUGAUGAAAUUGGUGCAAUAUUUCUAGCAUCGGUAGCAGAAAGCACGAACACGCCACUGUCACUGUUAGCCUUAGCACUAACUGUGAGCUGUUUUUGUAAACAAAUUUUGACUAUUGCGGAGUGUAUUGUUGGUGGACAGCGAGGUCAUAGGCAUGUUCUGGCCAACGGUGGUUACACUGGAGCACUAACACUUGCGCUGCUUUGUGCCCAAACAGGCGUUCUCGGAAUGCGGACUGAGCAGAAAGCUUUUCUACUUGGGUUGGUCCUUUUCAUUGUCUUAUCCGCCUUGCUGCAGUCGUUAUGCGAAAUUCUUGAACCGCAAUUACUGGCGUUAGCUGCAAAUAGAUUGACGAGUCGAGGUCAACAUACGCGAUCUGUUUUUCUGGCCAUUAUUGUAAUUGUGACAUCGCUUUGUACUUCUGCUGCUGUUAUCCAAUUCCUACCUGUUGACUUGUGGUGUCUAAUAAUAGUUUCAAAUUGUUUGCUGACGGCAGUCCACACGUUGUCAGCCCUCAUCAUAUAUGUCAUAUAUGUAUUAGAGACAGAUUCUAUGGAUGUAUGGGGACGAGCUGACUAUGUCGUGUUCAUGUGCAAAACGAUUACAUGUGGUGUCGAAGUAUUACUUGCACUGAAUGUUGUUUGCUACGGUAUUCUGACAUCCAUAAAAGAUGAGUUCACUACAAAGUAGAGUAAACUCAAUUCUUAGUAAAAUAGGAUGCAACUGUUUUUUCAACUUCUAUAUAUCCGGUUUCCUGUAAAUCUUAUUAAAGUAACAUAAAGUGUUCAAAAGAUUUCACAUUCAAAUUCUGUUGGAGAACUUUAGAAGAAUUUGAUGAGUGUCAAGAAAAACUGUUUUUCAGGCCAUUGGACAUUGACAAGUGUAGUGGUUCUGGUAUUCUACCUAUAUUUCAGUGUUUGGAGGCGGCUAAAGGCUGGAAUUGUUGGGGUACAAUCACGGCGUGCAGCAUAUUCGAGCUUGUCACAACUACCCCUUGUGUCCAAAGCAAUGUUACAACAACGACGUGAUGCAUGCGCUAUAUGUUUGUGUGAUAUGGUGGAAGAUGCACGCAUAACACCUUGCAAGCAUUUUUUCCACAGUUUCUGUUUAAGAAAAUGGCUCAGUAUCAAGCAGGUAUGCCCUUUGUGUUAUUCAGACCUUUGUAAGUGUAAGGUUCCUGGAGCACUUGAAGAACUAUUUUUGGAAGAGAGUGGCAGUGUAGAUACACCAGAAGAUAUCGGCAAUGGUAAUGCAGAGUCAUCUGAUGCUGAAAAUUCGUUUGAAGAUGAGUAUUUUCCUUGGGAUAUGUACAAUGGUUCAGAAAUAUACUAUUAGUUAGUGGUAGCUAAAAUAUGUUUUGCUGCAAUUACUGUAAUUGCAGCUGUAAUUGACGUCGUCUGAUUCGUUACGGAAAUUGCUGAUAAUCGAUGUUUUCUACUCUCGCAUUCUUUCAGAAUAUUGCAUUUACAUUACUUAUUUAUUUGUUUAAAUUUGCUUAACUGCGUGCUGUUUUCAUAUUCAAUCAGAUGCAAAGUGCAAUUACAAAGUUGGAAUUAGGAAUUACUUUUAUAUAGUGCUAUGAAACGUUUAUAUUCCGAUUUCCGUCUUUGAGAUACAGUUUAGAUUUAUUGUUAGAAUCCAUUACAUUUCUUUUCCUCUCCUUAUAAUAUUAAUUACAUCAUAGAUUUCAUUUUUGUGAUUUUUUAGCGCAGAAAUUGUAUAUCUUAAUAAUGUUGUGUUUAUUUGCAAACUGCAUUUUAAUUUAUGCUAUUUUCAACCAUUUUGUUUUUUUUAACAUUGAAAAUCAUAUGAAAUCACCGAUUCAUGAUGUCACUGCAUUGCUUCAAUUUUGCAUGAAGAUGGUGAUUUUUUUAAACAUUUUGAUGCAUGUUAUAUGAAUUGCAGAAUUUUCAUAAAAGUAACGAUUACC